UCUAAUUGUUAAACUGAUAUGCAUUUCUCUUUUGGACCUGAAAGAACUAUUUCUUAUAGUAGUGUAACAGUAAAUUAAACCCUCCUGAUAGAGUAAUGGGUUGUCCUAUUUUUUCAUGUAAGAGCACUUUCUAAACUUGGCUGAAGAUAUAUCACCGUAUUAUGAUAUAACUAAUAUUUUUAAAUGUUCUUAUCAUCUAGUAAUAAAAGUAAAUUUAUAUUAGAAGUUUUCUUAAUCUGCAUAAAAUAUGUAUUAUAUUUUACUUCCUAGGUAAAAGGAUGUGUUGGAUUUAGUUGGGUGACUGAAGAACUUAAUUUUAGAUUUAGGCUCACUGUUCUCUGAUGCAGAAAGUGCUUCUGGGCAGCCAGCGUUCACAGCAGUAAGAAAGUGCAGUUCGUGUGAGGAGGAGGACCUCGUUACUGAGCUGCACUGUUCUUUCUUUCCUGAUGAGGAUGAACGCUGCAGGUUAACAUGGGAGAGGUGUAAAACAGUCUAGGGUCUUAUUGAAAGUCGGUGGGAGAGAAUCAUUUAAAACUGGUGGUGAACUCAAGUAAGUGGUAAUUAAAUGGUAAUUAAAUAUUAAAUGUCAUUUGCUAACAGCUGCUUAGCUAUAGAAUAGCGUUUGCCAAAGGAAAUUGAAGAAACAGUGAGCUAGUAGGAGAUCAUUAUUCACUGGAAAGCAAAUUCAAACAACCAGGAAAAAACUAAUGAUAACUAAUGAUAGUUCUUUUCCCUCUCUCUCAGGUAGAAUGUAAUUUAUGUUAGAAAUUAGUAACUUUCCUCAAACACCAAAAUAGUUUAAGAGUUCUUUAAGAUCUCUCUUCACAGGUAAUCUUUCUGAUUCUCCCAGCCCAGAUUCCUGAUUCUGUGUUUAUAGUGCAUACAAUACUAUUCUCAUUUCUGUAGGCGAUGUUGAGAUUAACUGUUUAUGCAGAUAGGUUUCUAUGUCUAAAUCCUUUGCAGUGGCAACCAAGUUUUAUGUGGGGUACCCAGUGCAUCCUUUUUUUUAGUUUUUCUCCUUUGAAUUGAAAGUAGUUUUUAAUUUAUUUGACCAACUUGUUUAAAUAUAAAGAUAAAGGCCUACUCCAUAGUUCAAGCUGAUUAGUUUGGCAGCAUGCCUUAAUGUUACUGACCAGGCCUCUCCCAGGAUAAGCAAUCAGCAUAAUCUUAAUUUAAUGCCAUUAACAUCUUAUUGAGAUGCCAUCACAUCAUUCAAAUAAAUGCCAAGUGAUCUCAGCUGAUUCCGUGUUAUUAGCAUAUUCAUGUUUCACAGACCACAGAGAAGGGUGUAUCUAGGUACACUCGGAUAGUGGGUGACUGUAAACAUUCCAGUGUGCCCCUUUGCCUGUAAGUUUAUCUGUGGUUGGAAGUGUGUAUUUUGGAAGCUGUUUACUAUGAAAAGUCAGGAUAUUGAGUAGGCAUCCAAAGGACGUAGGUGAAAAGUCAGAGAAGUAAGUCUGAGUUCUGAGUUGAAUCCCAUGCCAUCAGUGGAACAGUUGACUUUUACCAUCUUAACAGCUUUUGCAGUGAUGAUCACGGUGGGAUACUCUGCUUCCUGUCAUGAACAUUGCUACUAUGACAAGUGACACUGAAAUGACUGGUUAUGUCUAUUGUGCCCUUUCGAUUAUUCUUCCACAAUGCGAUACCUUUCGUAGGGUUUGGCUUUUUGGAUAACGCAAUUAUGAUUGUUGCAGGAACCCAAAUUGAAUUGUCUAUUGGAAUUAUUUUGGGAAUUUCAACAAUGGCAGCUGCUGCUUUGGGAAAUCUUGUUUCAGAUUUAGCUGGACUUGGCCUUGCAGGUUAUGUUGAGGCCUUGGCGUCCAGGUUAGGCCUCUCAAUUCCUGAUCUUACACCAAAGCAAGUUGACAUGUGGCAAACACGUGUUAGCACACAUUUGGGCAAGGCUGUUGGGGUGACGAUCGGCUGCAUUCUAGGAAUGUUCCCUUUGAUUUUCUUUGGAGGAGGUGAAGAAGAUGAAAAACUGGAAACAUCAAAUUAAUCAUCUUAGAAUACCUAUAAAAGAUGUAAACUAAUGUACCUCAGUCAUUAAAUCUACUGUCACAACAUUUAGCAGACAGUACCAGUGCAUAGAUACGGGAUCAAAUAAUUCAGCAUGUACUUCGGAAACACUAACUUAUUGUGGCUUGGUCUUCUUAAGACAUCUUUUUAACAACUACUUAGUAUCAUUUUAUGUAAAUUAUUGAGAUGCUUUUCAUCAAUGGCUGUCAACAUGUUAUCUUUUCCUUCUAUGUAUCAACAUAUUAUUUAACUUUCAGUCAUUGAUACUGUACUGUACUGACUUGGGGUUUGCUUUCUUACAUAACCUGCACGGGAUACCUAUUUAUGUCUUUAUUUUUUUUCCCUGAUGGACAUAAUUCAAUGCUGAGGUUUCUCCAAAUUAUUUAAGAUGUUUAAUAUCAGUUAAAAAUUGUAACUCCCUGCCUGGUGGCAUCCCUUUUGUGGUAUUUUACGGUAAACAUUUACAAUCAUAUAAAUUCAUUCAAUUUUUAAAGUUCCACAUCUUUUCAAAAAUGAAACAGUGUUUUAAGUAUAUCUGACUAUUUUAAUUUUGACCCACACUGUCUUUAAAGGUCAGAGGUUAAUCAGAAAGAACAAUUGUCUGGCCCUCCUUUUACAUACACCAUACACGCUAACAAGUGUACUUAUUUCUGAUUGGCUUUUUACCUUUCAUUUCCCAACUUUGAGCAAUCACAGUGAAUUCUGGUUUGAGAGAGAAGGCAGCGCUUGGACACUUCCUGUGUCUUAGAGUAGGGUUAAGAGAGCAGGGUAACUAAGAAACCCAUAAUGAUAUUUGGAAAUUAGGCUAAAAAAAUUUUUUUUACAGAAAUAGAAAAUGGAAAUCUUCAAGGAGGUCUAGGGAGUGGAUGACCAAGUUCAAGUGGUAUUUGGGAAGUUCAUGAAGCAUCGGUUCUACGACUUUGGAAAGAUUAAUGUGUUAUUUUCUCAUGGAAUGGAAUGAGUCUAUGCUCAGAGUCCCAAUCGCAUUAGAUCUUGCUUUGUGACUUUUUUCUGGAAGAGUGUUUUAGAAACAACAUGUAUUUUCUGUUGCUCUUUGCUAUCUAGUCAAAUGUAACAUGAGGAGUGAUCCUUUCUCCUAUUUUUGAACUUUUUUCUUCUCUCGUGGCGAUCAUAGCACAGCUGGUGAAAGCUGCUUGUGUCUGUGUUGUAUGUCUGACCUACACGGUCCUGAGAAUCCUGAGUAUCCUGAGUUUUAGCUUUUGAACCCUUUCCCGCAUUUGCUAAAAAGUUACAUGUAGCAGAAUAAGUGAACAUAAGGAAGGGAGAGACUGAAGUUAGAAUUUAAUCCUGGGGAAUUAAAAUUAUUCAUGUCUGCUGAGUAGAUGGCAAGACAAAUGUCACAUGACCAUGCUUUUUAAAUCUUACUUGGGAGUUUUGUUUGCACAAACUUUCUUUGGGCUCCUUUUAAAGAUUUCUUUUCCGUAAGAAAUCACGUCACAUAUUGUUCCUUUUUGUUCUUUGGGGUAACUUAGUCCUGUCCUUUAUCAUAGAAUUUAAGGAAAGAUAACAUAAAGGUAAAAAGACAUCAAAUUCUCAUAUACACAAGUAACAUUCUCCUUUGGUCACAUUAGCAUCACGUGACUUGAGGUCGCAGACAGACUCUUCUGUAUCUUUGUCCACGUGUCACACAGACAGCAAGCACAGGGUUCAGGAUGAUAGACUAGAAGGCACCUUUUACUUUCUGUGUAAACACGUGUGUGCUGGUUUCCUUACCUUGCGUAUUGGUGGUUUUCCUGUCUUUGUUUUUAAGUGUUGUAUUGUGGUGCUUAACUUUUCUCCUUAUUAAAUACCAUCUCCAGAAACUCGUCUUGGAGUUUAGAAAACACUUUUGACUGUUCAUUUCCUUUUUCUUUCUCUUAAAAAUCUUCUAGUCCUUAUUACCGGAAUUUCUGUUAACAGAAUUAUGCCAGUGUCAUUGAAGACUUAAAUAAUGGAAGAUGUAACUUUCACAUGAAAGGCAUUCUAAUUUUCAGUGAAAUUUUUUGAAUCAUGUUUAAUCAAUAAAAUGCUUUGAAUCAUUACCAUACUUAGUUUUCAAAAGCAGACAAACAAAAAAUUAAAGUCUCUCUGUCUUUGACCAAAGGCAUCGUUUCUCGAGCUCUGGCUCUGACCUAACCUGGUGCUGUGCACAGUGUGAUUUCUGAAGGUGGCCCCCUUAUGUUAAUGACUCCAUACCACCCGUGUUGAGCGAUUCUCGACACGGAGACUCUGACGUCAGCUGAAAGUGGACUGCCCUGGUUCUCAGAGCAGCUGUUCUCUGUCGGCAUUAGAGCUGCCUCGAACUGUGUCAUACAUAGCUGCUGUAGUACUGUUUGUUCAGAAUCCAUGUUGUUUGUGUAUUAUGAUUCAUUGACUUGUUGAUGCAUGUAAACCAGGUGCAUUUUGUUGCCUCUGUAUGUUAAAUAGUGACCAAUGUUUUUACGAAAGAAUUGAACAAAAAAUAUCUUUUAAGACA